AUGAAGUAUUUCCACCCAGCCCCCAUUUUCUCGUAUCAGUACUUUAUACUGACCCAUCCACAGCACCGCGACGAUGCAACACCACGGAGGCGGACAGCUUCCCUGGCCUGCAACCUCCACCAGCGCCAGCAAGCCACCGACCGCCGACAAGAACAAGAAGAAGAAGAAGUGGCUACGCUGGGGCAUCUGGCUGUGGUGGUUAUCGCCAUCACCAUCCUGGGUGCCUGUCUGGGCACUCAGCUGAAAAAGCACCCGAAGGCGACGCCUAUGCGCCUGGGUAAUGGAACCAGUGAGUCCACCACAGAUCUUGAGGGCGCAGGGCACCAGGCUGGGGUUGCCGAUAACCACAACCACGACCACGACCACAACAAGAACUACACUUCCGGGGAUGGGAUUCCUCGUGUGGGACUGCCAAAUCGUGGAGUUCCGUCUGGCUCUUCGCUGCCUCAGUCUGGUGGUCCUGUUGUGCCUGUCAACCCUGCCCCUGUCAACACUAUGGCACGUGUCCGUCCUAUCAUUCCCACCAACCCACCAACUACCACACUCCAAUUCCUCCUAAACCAAAUCUACACCAUCCUCCCCAUCCCCCAAAUCAUCCCAAACAUCCCCAUUCCCAACACCCCCCAACCAACCAACCCAGCACCCAACCCAGAAAACCCUAACAACCCACCCCGACCAGCAACAACAACAGCAACAACAAACCUACUAACCCCCCUCCCCAUGACCACGCCGGAAGAACAAUGCACGACCCUCUACGGAAUAACCUACACCUUCUACGGCUACCCAGACAACGACCCCCCCGGCGCAGCCAUCGCCUACGAAUGUCCCGGUCGCGGCACCACAGCAGGCGGGACCGGCACAUACGACGACCCACUGACCUUUGCGACCGCACCGGGCGAAUUCGAGCUGUGCGAGGUCAUCUAUUCGCCGUACCUGCAGAAGUACCUCAUCCACGAGGACUACUGCGAGAGCUGCACGCGGCACUGGCCGCACAUGUGGCAUGUGGACGUGUGGUUGGGCGGGGACUCCGUGGGCGCCGCGGCGGAGCAGUUGAGUUGUGAGGCGAGGCUGACGCCCGAGCUGGAGAGUCAGAGUGUCGUGAGGGGGCCGAGGGGGGAUUUACCUGUUGAUGGUACCACGUUCUACGCGGGGGGGUAUUCCGCCUGUGGGGUGGAGCAUGUCUACCAUGCGGCUGGGGCCGAGGAUUAUUGUUGA